AUGCGUCGAUUGCAGCGUGGCCACCCCAUGGGUGUUUACCCGUUGGGAAACGCCCUCUUCGAUGAAGCAGCGACGCGCCGUCGCAGCGAGGGCUUGGGCGACUUCCAACGUUUGGGCGACGAGCGAGUGCUGCAGCUGUUGCGCAGCCUCGAUGCCAAGGCCUUGGGCCGUUGCAGCGCAGCUAGCAGCAUGCUGAGAGGCUUCACCGCUUCAGAAGAGCUGUGGCAAGUGCUGGGGAUGGCGUUGCUGUUGAAGGCAGGUGAGGGAAGAGCUGGGAAGAGCCGCGACGGCCUGAAAGGCGGACAUCAGUUACAUUGGGGAGGGAACAGCUGGCGAGAAGCUUAUAUUUGCAGCAUGGGUUCGACACCAGCGCAGGGCAAAAUGGCCCGUGUUUACAGCGACGUGUUGUAUCGUAGUUUCUAUUAUGCUGCCACAGAGUUGGAUCCUGCUUGGCUGGCGACUGAAAACCUGGAGAGGGUCUCCAACCUUUCCACGCAGGACUUCCUGGAACGCUUUGAAGAACGGAGCUGUCCGGUGAUCGUCUCUGGUUGCGUGAAGCAUUGGCCUGCCUUGAGCCGAUGGUCCGAAGAAUCCUUGGUCCGGCGAUUUGGGGAGAUCCCUUUCGCAGCAGGGCCCGUGGACUUCCCUUUGAAGCUCUUCUAUUCUUAUGCCCAUCAGAACAUGGAUGAUGUGCCCAUGUUCAUUUUCGACAAGUAUUUUGCCACACGCGCGCCGGAGCUUCUGGAUGACUAUGAGGUUCCGAGCAUCUUUCGAGGACGGGAUUUGUUCAACUUCUUGGGAGAUGAGAAGCGUCCCGAUUUCCGUUGGCUUCUCAUUGGCAACAAGCGCAGUGGAUCCAAAUGGCAUUUGGACCCGAACAAGACCUGUGCAUGGAAUGCUGUGGUGCGCGGCCGCAAGCGAUGGCUGUUGCUUCCACCAGGUUGCCCGCCACCGGGAGUGCAUCCGUCCAAAGAUGGCGCUGAGGUCACUCAGCCGGUGAGCUUGCUGGAGUGGUUCAGCAACUUCUACGACGAGUUGAAACGUCACGUGGACUUGAAUCCUGCAUGGGAUCUCAAGGAGGGCACCUGUGGUCCAGGAGAUCUCGUCUUCAUUCCCAGUGGCUGGUGGCACUGUGUGCUGAAUCUGGACGAUGACACAAUUGCCGUGACCCAAAACUAUGCAUCCGAGACCCAUGUCUCCUCCGUGCGGCGAUUCCUCUCAGAGCACCGGGAUCAGGUGAGCGGCACGGCGGAGCGUGACACCUUGGCAGAACGCUUCGACGAGGCGCUGACUCGUCACCGGCCUGAUUUGCUCUUUGCAAGCGACAAGGUCCAGAAGCCAGAGGCAACAGCAGCUCCGGCGCAGAAUUUUUCCUUCUGGGACCAUUUGAGAUCCACCGGGAAGUCUCUGUGCUUCGAAACUCCUGAGGAGCCGCUGAGCAAAAAACAACGUAUGUAG